AUGAUUAUUGCCUGUCAAAACGGAGAGUGCGCAGAUAUUGAGGUGCUUUUAUUGGAAUUCAAGCAAGCAACCUGCACCUACAGUCACUACACUCAAGUAUGUCGUAGAUCUGCCAUUCCGAAAUCUCGACCCGAAAAUAAUACGCAGACCAAUGAUGUGCUAUCUGAGCCGACAGUUCCGGCCGGACGUGGACUUUUUCAAACUCUCUCCGAGGGCGCAGGGCGAGCUAUCUCUGGUCUAUGGGCUGCUGGAGAACAGCUCUUCGAGGACUCCUUCGAAGGCUCUGGUGAUGGUUUGAUGAAGCAGACCUACAGCUCUGUGGUUCAACUAACUCAAGAAUAUUUCAAUGCAAUGCUAAUUACGCAUCGCAGUUGGCUGACCUUGGCCCUGGAGCCCCGCACGGAUACGACUCUGCUGGCGGCUGCCCGUAGCCUUGGAACGGAGGAAGCUUUCUGCAAAAUCUUUUCGGAAGAACACAAUAAGAAGGGCAUGAUUCUGGAAUCCACUCGGAGGAGCUGUCUCGGGUGGCCGUUGCCGCUGGUUGAUCUCCAGCGCGCUCUUUGUCCAGCCUGGGGGCAAGCCCCGACAUUGGGAGCGGACUGGCGUCGCCUCGCGUCCGCUGUUGCAACUCUCCCUGUGUCAGACGGACAGUGUCUUAUAACAGAGUGUCUAGUGCGCGUUCACCUGUAG